CUCGGUCUAUGCCUGUCCCCCUGAGUUUGGUGCGGUAAUGACAGCAGUGUAUAGAGCAGGAGGAGGUUGAUCAGCUGGAAUACAGUACAGGACGGUGAAAGGAAAGGACCGAGUCUCGAGUUGGCCGUCAGCGGGGGAGAGAUCACGUGUGACUGGGGACUAUGACGACAGAGGUGGGAUCUGAGACGGAGGUGAGGAAAGAGCCGGAGAAGGCAGAGGAGCAGCCUGCAGCACCUGAAUCAGAACCAGCAGCCACCAACCAGACAGACGAGGCCAAGGCCGCAGAGCAGUCCGCCAACGACCACCCCGCUCCGGCCACCGACUCAGCCGAGGCCCCCGCAGAGGCCAAGGAGAAGCAGGAGGAGGCCCAGCCCGCCGACAACGCCACACCACAGGAGGGCGAGGACACCCCAGCCUCACCACCAGCCUCAGAGAAGAAAGGCAUCUCCAGGUUCCUCCCUCCAUGGCUUAAGAAGCAGAAGUCUCAGAGCCAGGUGGGACCCAAAGAGAGCCAGGCUGCACCCGAGGAGGCAGGCGUUGCCUCCGUGAAGGAGGAGGACGGUGAGAAGGGGGAGCAGGCCGAGGCAGAGCAGAUGUCAUCGCCCACAGCAGACCAACCACAGGUGGAAGAAGAGAAAAUAAACGGAGAGCCGAAACCAGAACAGAUUGAGGAAGUGAAAUCGGAGGAAAAAGAGGAGGAGAAUCAUUCCACUGGCAGUGCAGACACUCAGCCUGCUAAGGAGGAGAAAGCAGCAGAGGAAUCUCAGGAGAAGAGCGCGGCAGAAAAGGAGAACAAGGAGGCAGAGGAAGGAGGAGAGGAGAAGAAAGACGAGGAAGAGAGCCCGAAGCCUGAGGGUGGACAUUAUUUUAUCAAGUCACCGCUGAAACUGACCAAGAAGGUGAAGAUGGUGAUGUGUCACGUGACCAUGCUUGAUGGAAGCCAGUUCCCCUGUGAGGUGGAGAAACGGGCGAAAGGCCAGUACCUGUUCUUUAAAGUGUAUGAAGUCCUGAACCUACUGGAGAAGGACUACUUUGGGUUGAGUUACAAAGACAACUCUGACCAGACGUGCUGGCUGGACCCUACAAAGGAGAUCAAACGUCAGAUCCGCAAUGCCACCUGGCAGUUUGCGUUCAAUGUCAAGUUCUACCCUCCGGAUCCAUCCCAGCUGACCGAGGAUAUUACCAGAUAUCUCCUGUGCCUUCAGCUCCGGCAGGACAUAGUGUCGGGGCGUCUGCCCUGCUCCUUCGUCACCCACUCCCUGCUGGGUUCCUACGCCCUGCAGGCCGAGCUGGGAGAUCAUGACUCCGGCGAGCACCGCCUCGACUACAUCAGCGACUUCCAGUUCGCCCCCUCACAGACCAAGGAGAUGGAGGAGAAGGUGGUGGAGCUCCACAAAACUCACAGGGGGAUGACUCCUGCUCAAGCAGAUGCCCAGUUCUUAGAAAACGCUAAGAAGUUGUCGAUGUACGGUGUGGAUCUCCACCACGCCAAGGACUCUGAGGGAGUGGACAUCAUGUUGGGAGUGUGUGCCAACGGCCUGCUGAUCUACAAAGACCGACUCAGGAUAAACCGCUUUGCCUGGCCCAAAAUCCUCAAGAUUUCCUACAAACGCAGCAACUUCUAUAUCAAAAUCAGGCCGGGAGAGACAGAGCAGUUUGAGAGCUCUGUGGGCUUCAAGCUGCCCAACCACCGCGCUGCCAAGAGGGUCUGGAAGGUCUGCGUGGAGAAUCACACCUUCUUCAGGUUGAUGACUCCAGAAGCGCCCACUAAAGCCAAGUUUCUCACGCUGGGCUCCAAGUUCCGAUACAGUGGGCGGACCCAGGCCCAGACACGACAGGCCAGCACCCUCAUCGACAGGCCGGCACCCUACUUCGAGCGCACCUCCAGCAAGCGUAUCUCACGAAGCCUGGAUGGAGCUCCAGUGAUUAACGUGACUGAGGCCCACGAGUCAGCCCCCACCUCUGGGGAGAACGGCAGGGAGCCUGGCCUGGAACUCUCCUCUGAUUCCAAGGUAGAGGAGGAGCCUAGCGAAGGGGCGGUGGCCACACCUACUGAGGGCACUGAGAUGAAAGUAGAUGAGCCAGACUCCUCCCAACAGGACCUGGAUAAGACUCAGGAGGAUGUUUUGAAACAUCAGGCUAGCAUUAGCGAGUUAAAGCGCAGUUUUAUGGAGGCCACCCCUGAGCCGCGUCCCAGUCAGUGGGAAAAGCGCCUCACAGCCAGCCCGGCUACCAGCCUGCGUCUGCAGGCCCAAGGGAGAUGCCCCCCAUCCAGAACACAGGAGUCUCUCCCUGACCUCACGGUGGACACGGUCGCCAAGAGUGCAGAUGAUAAACAGAAAUCCGGCGAGGCGGCAUGGCAGGCAGCAGAGGUUGAGAUAGAAGAGACGGUAGUUGUCGAGGAGAUCAGGGUGGCCCCCAAAGGCUCCGUCACCGCCACCACCCCUGAGGUGAUCACCCCCGUCGCCGUGGAGACUGAGGUCAAGAAGCCCAAGGAGGAAGUUAAGGAGGAGCAGAAGAGGCCUGUGAGCGUGUCCUCGGACAGUGAGGAGGAGGAGGAGGAGGAGGAGGCGGGGGAGUACCAUCCGCAAGUCACCGUCAGCGCCUCAGUGGACCAGAUCAAAGAAGAGCCCGAGGAAGAAGAAGAGGAGGAGGAACAGCAAGUCAAUGAAGAGCCAGUUGCAGAACCAGAACCAUUCCCAGAGCCAGUGGUCGAGGUAAAGGCCCAGCCUGUCCCUGCAGUAGUGGAAGAAACCUCCGCGACAGAACCACAACUAGCCCCUGUGGCGGAGGAGAGCCCCGAGGACAUCCUGGUUACCCCUGACGAGGCCCCUAACGGGCAUGCCGAGUCCCCUGAGGGCCAUCCCGGCCCCGUGGCCCUGGAAGAGGAGGAGGAGGAGGAGCCCAGAGUCAAUGGGGACGCGUCUCACUCCGAGACAGAGCGCCUCCCCCAGGUUAUUUGUUGCUCUGAGCCACCCGUGGUGAAGACCGAGAUGGUGACCAUCUCAGACACGUUUGCGGCCCAGAAGACCGAGAUUGCCACUAAGGAGGUUCCCAUCGUGCACACCGAGACAAAGACCAUCACGUACGAGGCUGCACAGCUGGACGGCAGCGGAGACGGCGAACCAGGCGUUCUCAUGACGGCCCAAACCAUUACCUCGGAGUCACUGUGCACCACCACCACCACACACAUCACCAAGACAUUAAAAGGCGGUCUCUCAGAAACCAGGAUCGAGAAGCGCAUUGUCAUCACCGGAGACUCGGACAUCGACCACGAUCAGGCCUUGGCCCAGGCUAUAAAGGAAGCCAAAGAGCAGCACCCUGACAUGUCAGUGACUCGGGUGGUGGUCCACAAAGAGACAGAGCUGGCAGAGGAGGGCGAGGACUGAGGCGCCAGAGCUGAGAGCGUGUGAAGUUCAUACUUGGAUGUUUGAGAACCUCCUGUCAUCUCCCAAACCGAGAGUCAACCUGGUGGGAAGACUGUCGAACAACCCCGAGGCUGAACUCCUGUGUUUCAUUGCACAUGUUCCUUUUUUUUAUCACUCAGAAAACCACUUAGCUAACAUUUGUAGCGUGUUUCAAUUGUUUUGUGCUUUUUGCAAAAAUAAGAAAAAAAUUCUGCCAUUAUUAGAACCAGACAGGAUUUAUCAAGUGGUCAUUUUUAUUGUUGAGUAGUAUUCACAUUCCUAGUAUGUACAGACGGGUAAUGUUAUGAGAAAGUCAUUUCAAUAUCUAUCUUCCUGUAUUCAUGCAGUUGCAGGUGGACAGGUAUUAAGACUAAGUGGGUAUAUUAGCUUUGGGCCUGGUCUUGUUCCAUGUGGUCUUAGAGUCAAAUGUUUAUCUGUUUUUGGGAAAAAGGAGGAACAGCAAAUUGUAUUUAAUUGGGUGAGUUUCCAAGGGACUAGCAAAGGACGGAGCACUGUGUCAUUUUGUACAUUGCACUACAGUGCCAACACAUGUUCUGCUCUAUGCAGUCAUAACAAAAACAUUCCAUUAAAGGGCAGGUGCUUUUCCUGUACCUCCCUCAGAAAAACCACAACAAAAUUUAAAUUUAAAACAUGAAACACUUAGGCAGCUUGGAAACCUUUGCUUUUCCAUAACGUUCUGGCAUCAAUAAUCAGAAAUAUAUUUGUAGAAACAUAUAUUUUUUGCUAUCUUUUAAACUUUCUUUGUCAAUCAGUAAACUGAUUUAGAUGUUGAGGUGUUUUUUUCUUUGCCCCUUCUUAAAUAUUUUUAAUAUUUCAGAGGUUUUUUGACAACUACAAGAAAUACACAAAAUUGCCAUUAUUUUUAUCUUUUACCUGUAGAUAAAGAAGAUGUCUGUCCUUAGCUCUCUCUGCAAUCUGACCAACCUCACCAAACCCAAUGACGGUGUCAAUUUGCUAUUUGUAUAGCAAAUAAUCUUAGAUUUUUAGCAGCUUUAAAAUGUUGUCUCCCCCUUCUCCCCCACAGCCACCCCACCCUCUGUGUAACACUGUUGAAAUAAAAUGUUAUUCUCUGA